AUGUUCACCCCUGUUCACACCUCUCUCGGUGCCCUGCUACUCUUUCAGGGUUCAUCGGGGUUACUCGUUCAUAACGGAGCGGUCUUCGGUAUCUCCUCACUCCUCUCUGGAUCAGUCUUCAAUCCAAACCAAGACAAUGUCCCGAUUAUCGCGGGCCUGGUCUCCAGCGUCCUGCCAGUGUACUUCCUGGCCCCGUCCUUGAUCCCGAGCUAUCCUGCUGCUCCGCACACCUUGGCCUCGGCAGUGGCAACGCUGGGCGUGGGCAUGUUACUAGGCUGGGGGACAAAGAAUGGCUGUGGCUGUACCUCGGGCCAUAUGCUUUGUGGUCUUUCCCGCCUCUCGCCACGCUCGUUGAUUUCAACCGCUCUCUUCUUCACAACCGCCCUGAUCACAGCAAACGUCGUCGCAGGUGGUUCCAAUAUCCCGGCUUGUGGUGAUCUCCCAUGCUACACUCCAGUCUACCCAUCCUCGCCGGAGAUCGUCUUCAUGGCCGGGUCACUGCUCCUAUCAACCAUCACGAACUUCUUCAUCGUUCCAAAGGCACUGCAACGAUCAGAGGAAAACAAGACUCUCUUCGCGUACCUAGCAGGGUUGGAGUUUGGACUUGGUCUGUUGAUCUCGGGGAUGGCUGAUUCCGCCAAAGUUUUGCGCUUCUUCGCCAUCGCGACGGACCCCUCUCGUUGGGAUCCGUCGUUGGCAUUGAUAAUCCUGUUUGGAAUCGGUCCAUCGCUGGUAGCAUACUUGACUCAUAAGCCGGGUCAGAAGUUGGAGAAGGAACAUGAACCUGCAAAGCCUACGCUAGCCGAGAAGUGGCGACUGCCCACAGCUACGGUGGCCGAUAUCAACUGGCGUUUCGUUGCUGGCUCGGUCGCCUUCGGUGUUGCCUGGGGUCUCCAAGGAGUGUGUCCUGGUCCGAGCAUUCUCCGCUCGGUCCUUCAGCCUACCUGGGGACUGGCGACGAUGACCGGAUACAUGCUGGGCAAUUUGUUUUAG